AUGGCCCCGUCCACGUCCACGAAACCCCCGGACGAGCCGCGUCGCCGUCCCAAACCCCGCGGCGGCGUGGAAUCCUUCGACGAAGCCGCUUUACUCGCCGAGUUGGAGGACGACCAAGAGGGAACCCAACAUGCCGAGCGAGAGGAGACGCACGAGGAGCUCGAGCGGCGGCUGAUGCGCGAUAUCGCAGCCAUGCCCGACCAGAUGGCGCUGGAGGAAGCGGCGCUGAUGCGGGACCUGGCGUCGAUGAGGGAGGAACCCGACGAAGGGGACGUGCUGAUGGCCGCGCUGUUGGCCGAGGAGGAGGCCGAACGACGCGCGAAGGAGGCAAAGGCGAGGACGCGGACAUCCGCGCCGGCGUCCGCCGCCCUGAAGGUACCCGACGCGUCCGAGAUCGCCGCGCUGCGCGACGCGUGCCUCCAGGAGAAGCACGAGGCCGUCAGGCUCAAGCGCGCCGGCGACAUCGACGGAGCCAAGGCUGCCCUGCGCCGAGCGAAAGACAUCGCCGCUCGCGCCGACGCAGCCGAGGCGACGCAGCCGGCGGCGCGCGCUUCGACGCCAAACGCCGCCUCGACGUCGUCCGCGGAGACGAUCGAGGAGCUCACGCGCGCGGUGGACGCCGCGAGGCGCGAGGCCGUGGCGCGCAAACGCGCGGGGGACAUGGCGGCCGCGCGGGCGGCGCUGACCGAGUCGAAGGAGCUCCGAGCCAAACUCGAAGCCGCCGUCGCCGCGGCGGAGGCGGCAAAAAACGCCGACUCGGCACCGACGGAGCCCGAUUCGGCACCGCCGGAGCCGCCGCCGACCGAUGUCGACGCCAUGAUAGCCGAGGCGAUCGGCACGGUGGUCAAGAUCAUAUCCGAUGAUCCCGAUUCGAAGGUGACGGCUCGGAAAAAGAAAUUGAACCGCGACGACGACGACGAGGCGCCGGAUCGCCUCGGCCGCGAAUCCGACGAGGACGAGGGCGGGGACGAGGGCGACGACGCGCUGCUGCGACGGGAGCUCGGGGACGAUUACGAGGCUCAGCGGGAGCACUGGGGCGGGGACUACCGGCAUCCUGAACCGACGAGCGAGCGCGAGCUGAUAGCGUCGAGGGUGGAGGAACUGGAAAGAUUGGUCGACUCGGAGAAGAGAACGGCGCUGGCGAGGAAGAGGGGCGGGGACCACGAGGGUGCGAGGAACGCGCUUCGGGCGAUGAAGGCGGCGCAGGCGGAACUAGCGGAUGCGAGCGCGAUGCUCGCGGCCCUCGAGGAUUAG